AUGCAACAAAAGGAUGAAAAGGAGAAACGUUUUAAACCCCUUAAUCAUUUCUUCUCACCGACGAGAGUGAAUACUUUCAGCAGUAAUACGCUUGAUAGAUCUGAAGACAUGAAAAAUACACGGACAGAGCAAGAACAACCUUUACUAAAUUUAAGAAAUUCCGGAAUGAUCAAGAAGAAAAUUCUUCUCCGAUUGUUUGAGAAAUAUUUACGGGAACAUGAUUUGGAAAAAAGUGCAUCUGUAUUGGACCAGGAAAUGAAAAAGUUGGAUCUGGCUGCGAAGAGCAAUCAUAACCAUGAAAAAACCUCAAUACUGAACUGCAAAUUACGAAAAUAUUGUAGCAACAUCAACCAUGAGGUGUUAACAAGGUGGAUAAAUGAAUUGGAUGGCAGUACUUCAAUUGAUGAAAUGGCAAGAAUUGAAUUUCCUUAUUAUCUAACUCCAGAAACAGUCUUGAGUAAUAACAGUGAUGAAGAGGAAGAGAUUUUACAAGCUCUAAGUGAAUGGGAUGUAGAAAGUUUGCUUAGUGAAUGUCUAUCAACAAUGAAUCUGAAAGAGCUCAAUGGCUAUUCCUCAAUCCUAUCCUCAAAUCUUUUAGAAACUGACAUGGCCAUGCCUACACGUUUUGAAACAGUAAUGAAAUAUGUCGAUCAUAGUAUUUCCAGUAAGAGUGAAAAACCGCUGGAUAAACUAUGCUUAAUGUACCAGAGUCUAGGAAUAUCUUCUCUGGAAUUUCUAACGUGCAUUCAGUACUUGAUUGAAAAAACGCCAUCCUGUGAGCAACAGUCACCCAACAGUGAUCCAUUUGUAAAUAUUCACACCACUGCGGUGUUGCUGUUAAAAGUAUGGCUUUCGAAAUACUACCUAAAAUAUUCACAAUUUGAAACAGGUGGUUAUCAAAUUCACAAGAAGAUUAUUGGUGAAACUUUAAGGUUUCUCCAGACCUCUUCAUGCAAGGAGAAGGAAUCAAUAGUGGGAUGGAUCAUGAAUGGUAGUGUAAGUGAGUCCCACUCCACUACAUUACGCACACUGGAAAACAUGCUGAUGGAACCAAUAGUAACCGCUCGCCAGAAAAAGCAUUCAAAGCCACUUGUCACAAUUUUCGACAUUGGUGUGGAAUUAAUGAGUUUGCACUUGAGCUAUCUUUUUGGAAAAUUUUUCUUGACGAUUGAACCUCAAGAGUUAAUUGGUGCUAAUUGGACUAAGAGUCGACGAAAAUAUCUGUCUCCCAAUAUAUUGGACAAUAUUGACAUUUUCAAUCGUUAUUCCACGUGGUUUGCAAGUUUGGUCAUUCAAGAGCAAGAAAAAAGUAAGCGAGUACAAGUGUUGGAAUACUUGAUCAAGUUAGCGUCAUGCUGUUAUAGAGUUGGAAAUUUCUACGCAGUGUAUGUCAUUGCUUCUGCGUUGAGCAGUGGUCCUGUUGGCAGAUUGAAACAAACCUUUAAUGCUCUCUCUACAGAGUGCGAAAUUGAGUAUGAAAGAAUACGAACAGCCACCAGCACGGACAUGAACUCGGCAAACUACACCAAAGCAUUGAAAGAAGUAUUUACAAAGGCCUCAGAGAAUCCUUCUCAAUAUUGUUGCAUUCCGAAUUUAGGAAAGCAUUUGGGGGAAUUGACAUUGACAGAAGAGAGUGUACAGGAUGUUGACUACAAAGUCGAUGUCAUCUAUGAAUUGAUUUCUAGUAAGGUGUUAGAUCUACAGCGAGUAUUGCUUCAAUCCAUGAUGUUUUUGCAAUUGGAUUAUGAUGUAUUACUCUUUGUUCUUGAAGCCAGAGGUACCUUUUCCAACUCGGAUGAAAUGAUGAUCCUGAGCAAGCAAUACGAGAUCAAUACUCCCAUGCGCUCCAAAACAUUGAGCAAUUUGUCAAUCACGCCGAGCAGGCUUAAAUAA